AUGGCCCUGGAGAUCACCUACCACGAAGCUUCUGAGGACGACCGCUCCACUGGGCACCCUCGCAUAUGUCAUGCAAUUUCCCAUUCCACCUUCUCCCUAUCCCUCCGCGAGAUCGUUCUCGGUUUUUUCGUAGCAGAAACCGGCGUCCCGCCGAUCCUGCCCCCUAAACAAUCCUGCGUGCUGCUCGAUAGCGUGCGCUCGUUGAGGUGGCUGCGCAAGGUACACCUCGCAGGCUACUGGUCAGACAUCUGCGUCAACGAUGUUGACAUCCUCACGAUGGCCAAGGCAUGGCCUAAGCUCGAAUCGCUCCAUCUACAGAUUCUACACAUGAACCAACCCCGGCUAGGCGAGUCGGUCCAAAUCCCUCCUCACCCAAGCGUCACCGCGCUCGUUCACCUUGCUCGUCAAUGUCGCAAACUGGCUCGACACUAUACCCAUCGAUUUUGA